AUGACUUCUGUUCUCCACCCCCGAGAAUGUAAAGUGACCAGAAAAAAACAAAAGAGCUAUGGAUUCUCCCUGCGUAUUGAGAAGGACACAGCAGGACAUCUCAUCCGCAAUGUGGAAAAGAACAGUCCAGCUGAAAAGGCUGGCUUGAAGGAUGGAGACAGAGUCCUCAGGGUUAACGGCUUGUUUGUAGACAAGGAGGAACAUACACAGGUGGUGGAGAUUGUGAAGAACAGUGGGAAUUCUGUUGUACUUCUUGUUCUGGAUGAAGCAUCCUAUAAAAGGGCAGAAAAGGAGGGAGUGAACUUGGAAGACCUGGGUCAAAAGGUGUCAAGAGGACAGCAGCAAAAGCAGCAGGCCACACCACCCAUGGCCAAUGGAGCAAUCACUUCAGCUCCACAACCCCGGCUCUGCUACUUAGUGAAGGAGGAGAAGGGCUAUGGCUUCUCCCUGAAAACCACAGAAGGUAAGAACGGGCUGUUCCUAGUAGAUCUGUCAUCACAAGGAGCAGCUGCCAAGGCUGGUGUCCAGAAUAACGAUCGCCUGAUUGAAAUCAAUGGAAAAAAUGUGGAAAAUGACACACACGAGGAAGUGGUGGAAAAGGUAAAGAAUUCUGGAAAUCACAUAAUGUUUCUAGUUUCAAAUGAAGAAACAGACCACUAUUACACAAGCCAGAAGAUGACAUUGAACAGAGAGAGAGCCAACCUAGAACUGCUUCCCCUCAAACCGCGACUUAUUGAGCUCCAGAAAGGAGAAAAUGGUUAUGGCUUUUAUCUACGUAUGGAACAAAACACCGGUGAUCAUGUAAUCAAGGAUGUUGAUUCCAGGAGCCCAGCAGCCAAGGCGGGUCUCAAAGAUAAUGAUAUCUUAGUAGCUGUCAAUGGCGAGCGAGUGGAUGCUUUGGAUCAUGAGAGUGUAGUGGGAAAGAUUAAGCAAUCUGAGAACAAACCCACACUACUGGUAGUGGAUAAGGAGACUGACGCCAUGUACAAACUGGCUCAGAUUUCUCCUUAUUCAUACUACAACAGAGGAAAAGAUCCAACUCCAGCUAAAACGGAGGAAAAAGUGGAGUUGCACAGUGAGCAGAAAGUGAACCACAAGCCAAGAAUCUGCAAGAUGGUGAAAGGGCCUAGUGGAUUUGGCUUCAGUUUAAACAUGGCCAAGAACAAACCUGGACUCUUUAUUAACGAGGUACAAAGCCAUGGACCAGCUGACACAGCAGGUGUAGAAAAUAAUGACUUUUUGGUGGAAGUGAAUGGGGUGAAUGUGAUGAAUGAGUCCUAUGACAAAGUGGUGGCAAGAAUCCAAAGUAGUGGUGACAAACUAACAGUACUGGUGUGCAGCAAAGAUGCUUACAAAUACUUCCAGGACCAGAACAUUCCCAUCACAGCCUCUAUGGCAGAUCCAAUCCACGACACUUCUGAACCUGCUGCUUAUACAGAAACCACGCCAGCAGAGUUGGAGCGAACCUCACCUGAACCAAGAGAAAGGGCAAGCUCAUCCUCUUCUUCACAUUCAGUUGCCUCAGCAGGAACAGACAACAGCGACGACACAAAGUUCUGAGGAGUCAAAUUAUGAUGAGAAUAAAAAGUCUUCCAAAUACUCUUUCUUCAAUCAUUCUUUCUUACUACACCUCCAGGACCCGACUACCCCUAGGAGUCCUCCAUACCCAUAAGGGACCACAAUAACUUGCUGAAAUGCAGCUGCCUGUAAUAAGCACUUCAGUGUAACCUGCAGUCAUUUAACAUGCUGCAAUUGGCUUUCUACUUUGUAAAGUAGGGAGUCAGUCAUUUACAUCCGUAAAGGCUUUAAUAAGUAGAGGUAUACAGUUAAGUAUGCUGUAGCAAAGGGAGAAAACAUUUCAUAAAUUCAUAAGUAUUUGAGCCUUUUAAGGAUAAGCUCUUAAUAAAGAGCAUCUGUUUUCUUGCCAUCUCCCAGGAGGCAGUUCUCUUUCUAAUCCAAGCCCGUCAACUCGAUCUCGGUGGCGACUAUCUGUGCUAUAUUUAUGGCAGUACAACCGCUGUGAUAUGUACAACCGCUGAUGUACACUGUCUAUUACACUCCUUUCUCCUACUAACACUGCAGAAAUUUCUUUCAAACAUUAAGGUAACUUCAUAAUUUGUAACACAAAAUCUUUAAGCACUAUUCUCUCUGUCUACAGUUGUGGAUCGUGGUAGUUAGAAGUGUAAUUCAGUCACGCAAGUUUGUCUCACUCCAAGUUAACACCACAUUGUCUUGGAUGUGACAUAAAUAGCUCUGUGAUACUGCUAUUGUACGCUUUGCCUCCUUCCUGUACACCAAAGACAAUACAGAAAUAAACUGUUUAUAAA